AUGGAUGUCAGUCAGCACCUGAAGCUGCAGGCUAGUGUGGAGCCAUUGGCUCUAGAGUUACAACCAUUGAGGGAUGAGAUGAACUCCAUCAAAGAUGAAGUAAUGGAGUUGAAGCGAAAGUUUGACGAGAAACCAGAUGAGAGUCACUGCAAUGGGAGUGUGGCAAAGAAAACCAAGCGAGGUGGGGAUGCCGCAAUUUGGCUGGAAAAGCUCCGGGAGUUGAUGCGGCAGACUUUUCACCACAUACUGGGGAUCACGUCAAAGACUCCUGGAAUGACAAUAGAAGGGGAACAGAUCCCUGACCCCCUGAAGCCAGGGGAAUCCCUGCUGAAGAGAGCCAAUGGGACUCCUCUCUUCUGGCCAGAUUGGUGA